CUCUAACGUCUGACGAUGGGCGGCAAAAUCCCUUACCAUUCAGAUAUCGAGUCGCCGGUCCACAACCAGCAUCAUAGACCCUCAGUCCCACCGUCGCGUUACAUAUGUCCAGCACCUCACAAGCCCUGGAUCUCUUGGUUCGUGCCCUUCAUCUUCAUGCUAGACUCUGGGUUGUUUGUGUACACGAUGUACGUGAACAACUGCCCCGCCACCAUCGACAGCGGUCAUUGCCUCUUCUCUGCUUCCCUCGGCAGGUUCUCUUUCCAGCCGCUCAGUGAGAACCGCAUGUUUGGCCCUUCCGCCCAGACGCUAAUGCUAGUGGGAGGCCUUCAGCCAAAAUUAGUUGUGAACGAAGGUCAAGGAUGGCGCCUUUUCUCUUGCAUGUGGCUUCACGGUGGACUCAUCCAUUUGCUUGCUAAUAUGGUCAGCCUUCUGUUUAUAGGAGUCCGCCUUGAACAGGAAUUUGGCUUUUUGAAAAUAGGACUCCUGUAUAUGCUUUCUGGCCUUGGUGGGAGCAUAUCAUCUUCCAUUCGUCUUCAAUCCAAUGUCUCAGUCGGUGCAUCAGGUGCACUUUUUGGAUUGUUAGGAGCCAUGCUUUCUGAGCUAAUCAUGAAUUGGACGAUCUAUUCGAAUAAGUGUGCAGCACUUUCAAGUCUAUUGGUCAUCGUUGCCAUCAAUAUGGCUGUUGGUUACAUUCCUGGAGUGGAUAUGUCCGCCCAUAUUGGAGGGUUUGCUUCAGGGUUUCUUCUUGGAUUUAUUCUUCUCGUUCGUCCUCAGUUUGGAUGGGUAAACCACAAAUACAUACCCCCGGGAUAUGACAUGAAACGUGUGAAACCAAAGUACAACUGCUGUCAAUAUCUGAUGUGGACAAUAGCUUUGGUCACAUUAAUUAUCGGAUAUGCAGUUGGCUUUGUGAAACUAUACACUCGUUCCACAAAAGACUGAUAUAAUGCUCUUUAACAAUUCCAAUCUGACAGAGAAGCUGUUAUUAUAAUUCCUACUACUUAUUUCUUAAGCAUUGUAGGUAAAAACAUUGCCAACUGCCCUUAUCCACAGCAACAAUAUAAGGACCAGUUCUUACUAUUUGAGGCUUCUGUGUUCAUUUCACUCUAAAAGUGUGGUCGAAGAGAAAGGAAACAAGGACCAAUUUUUCAGAAGGGGACGAAGACAAAUGCCAACCCUGAAUCUGUUACAGGUUCAUCUAAGUGAAAGGUUCAUCAUUGAUAUGAAGAUGUUUGAUCGUUGACUUAAUAUACCGGAGCCCAUCUGGCUUAUGGAAAUAGUUGUAGGUGAAAUUCUUUGGAUGAUCCACUCCAAUGCAACUGAAAGAAUCCUUUGAGAUAGUGGUGAAAUUAUAUAUAAGUAUUUAACUAUUCA